GUCUCGUCGUCAGUGCGUUGCAAGACAGACUGUCUGUAUUUCACAUCACACUAGUCGGGGGACUCCUGGCUUCGCUUGGUCUCAUCGCUUCCACCUUCAGCUCCCACCAUUGCAUGGAUGACUUUUACAUUCGGUGUUCUCCACGGAGCCGGAAUUGGCACAGCCCUCCUAGGUUUCAGUUUGUACAUCCUUUUAUACUUCGACAAGUAUAGCGGCACCGCAUUCGCUGUCAUGUGGGUAUUCAGAGCAGUUUCCGGUAUGGCCGGCACUCAACUACUAUGGCACUUGGCGAAUGCAUACGGCAUUGAAGGAUGUCUCCUGAUUACCGGCGGUCUGCUGCUGCACGUCGUACCGUUCACUAUGCUCAUCAAGUAUCCCAGACCAACCCGGCUUUCUUGGUGCGCCUCUGCAAAACACCGGGAGAAAAACACAUAUAACCCGGUUGCACAAAGCCUUUCAAGCAAAGCCAACCAAGUGACAUCGACAUGUUCUCACGUUUUACCAGACACACUGUCGCCUACUCACCACCCGUCUCCUCCUACCAGCUCGUUUGCAAGUGUCAUUGCAAGCAUGCGCACCUGGUCUUUCUACGUAGCUUUGUUUUACUCUGCCAUGUGUGAAUACUUAUUCGUGACCUUCAACGCUACUGUGGUCGCCUACGGUGUCGACAAAGGUUGCUCACUCGUAGAUAGCAAACAACUCGUCACCUACAACUCCAUGGGACUUCUCGUCGGCCGUGUGGUCAUUCCUUUCACAACGGAAAAACUUCGCUACCGUCACUGCCCUGGGGUCGUGGCGAGUUUCUUAGCCGCCGCAAUUUGCUUCGUCGUGCUAACACAGGUAGUCAACGUACGCUGGUCUGGUCGCCGCGGCAACGGCAAUGGGAGUCGCGCAAGGUUACGUGUUGUGCAUGAAGUCGGUGAUAGUCGCAGACUUUGUAGGCCUGGAAUGCUUCACCUUCUGUUGUGGUGUGGGAGGAAUUCUGUCAAUACCGCUGUGGCUCUCCGGACCAUCCAUAAUCGGUUUCUUUCGAGACAAGAACGGAUCAUACGAUUACCUUUACGCCAUGCUCGCCAUCCUGUGCCUGCUUCAUGCAAUUCUUCUGGGGUUACUUACUUGGCGGAAAGCGAUUUGCAGAACACAGCGACUGGAUUCCCCAUUCCUCAAAGAGGGCGUGUCGGAGCUGCAAGAUUUGAAAAAAACGUCCAUGGUGUAAAAACACAGAAACAAGUCAAGAGUGGCUGUGUUUGCCUUUUGUCGAAACACUAAACUCCAGCUGCUGCGGGAAAUGCAACACAUCCAAAAGGAAAAGGCUACAACAAAAGACGCAUCUUGCUUGCUAAGUGUUCCGUCAAAAAAUUAUCUGCCUCCUUUUUGUCUGAAGGCUACGCGAGCGUUCAUUCAUAAUCACUUGCACAGUCAAUACUAUUUCGCGAGUUGAAGACCAAGCAAAUGUGGUGACUGCUCAUGUUCAUUACAAAUGAGUUUCAUUGUUCAAGAAGAAGCAUUUUUCGAAAUUAUAGUAAUUUGGGGGAGAGGUGCUGAUUAGCAGUCAAGUUUUGACCAGUGCGGCAUGAAUACGGAUGAAAUGCCAAUUUCUCGACUGUCAUUUCAUACCUCUAUAGGGUUUCUAUGAAUACAUUUCGAAUUUCAUCCGCUGCUUCAAGAAAACAAUAGGUGUCAGUAGAUUUCGAUAUGAACAUAACAAACACUAUUCGUUAAAUGGCAUCGAAAUAUACAAGUGUUUAAUUUAUAUGUCACGCCGAAAAUAAAUCAUGCAUUGCUUUUA